ACCAAUAGGGGGCCGCGGCAAUAGCGGCGGGGAAAUUCAAACGUGUUUGCGCAGAAGGGCUUGGAUUCCAUCUUUUCUUCUCAAAUCGGCUUUCUGGAGGUUCGUUCGGCCUCGCAAGUUCAAGGAGGAACGGCGGCGGCUGGUGUGUAGGCUCUUUAGCCACGCGGAAAUGGAGGCUGAGGAUUUAAGUGGCAGAGAAUUGACAAUUGAUUCAAUAAUCAACAAAGUGAGAGAUUUUAAAAAUAAAUUUAAAAAUGAAGACCUUACUGAUGAGCUAAGCUUGAAUAAAGUCUCUGCUGAUACUACAGAUAAUUCGGGAACUGUUAACCAAAUUAUGAUGAUGGCCAACAACCCAGAGGACUGGUUGAAUUUGUUGCUCAAGCUAGAGAAAAACAGUAUCCCCCUAAAUGAUGCCCUUUUAAAUAAAUUGAUUGGUCGUUACAGUCAAGCAAUUGAAGCACUUCCUCCAGAUAAAUAUGGCCAAAAUGAGAGUUUUGCUCGAAUUCAAGUGAGAUUUGCUGAAUUAAAAGCUAUUCAAGAGCCAGAUGAUGCACGUGACUAUUUUCAGAUGGCCAGAGCAAACUGCAAGAAAUUUGCUUUUGUACAUAUAUCUUUUGCACAAUUUGAACUGUCACAAGGAAAUUUCAAAAAAGCAAAACAACUUCUUCAUAAAGCUCUAGAAUGUGGAGCAGUACCACUGCAAAUGCUGGAAAUUGCCAUUCAGAAUUUAAACCUGCAAAAAAAGCAGCUGCUUUCAGAGGAGGAAAAGAAGAGUUUAUCAGCAUCUACAGUGUUAACUGCCCAAGAAUCAUUCCCCAAUUCACUUGGACAUUUACAGAAUAGAAAUAUCAGUUGUGAUUCCAGAGGACAGACUACAAAAGCCAGGUUUUUGUAUGGAGAGAAUGUGCCCCCUCAAGAUGCAGAGAUAAGUCAUCAAAAUUCCUUAAAACAAACACACAAAGUUAAACGGUCAUGCCCAUUUGGAAGAGUCCCAGUUAACCUUCUAAAUAGCCCGGAUUGUCACGAGGACACUGAUGGUUCAUUUGUACCAAGUUUUGCAAAAAGACAGACCUCUAAAUCAGAAUGCCGGGAGAUGAUUGUGCCUAGAUCUAAAUCAAGUGGAAACGAUUCCUGUGAAUUGAGAAAUUUAAAGUCUGUCCAAAGUGUCCAUUCCAAAGACCCUCUGGUGUCAGAUGAGAAGAGUUCUGAACUUAUUACUGAUUCAAUAACCGUGAAGAGUAAAACGAAAUCAAGUCUUCUGAGAAAAUUAGAAGAAACUAAAUAUGAAGAGCCAAAGGUUCCAGAAAGUAACCAGAAACAAUGGCAAUCUAAGAGAAAGUCAGAAUGUGUAAACCAGAAUCCUGCUGCAUCUUCAAACCAGUGGCAGAUUCCAGAGAUAACCCGAAAAGUUGAUACAGAGCAGAAACAAACCACUUUUGAUCAACCUGCUUCUUUAGUUUCCAAGCAGUCACCGCCAAUAUCAAUACCUAAAAAGACUGACCAAAAAUCCGUUUGUAAGACACCCAGCAGCAGAGCCUUGGAAGAUUACAUGAGCUGUUUUAGAACUCCAGUUGUAAAGAAUGACUUUCCACCUGCUUGUCAGUUGUCAACACCUUAUAACCAACCUGCCUAUUUCCAGCAGCAACAGCAGCAAAUACCUGUUACUCCACUUCAAAAUUUACAGAUUUCAGCAUCCUCUUCAAACGAAUGCAUUUCAGUGAAAGGAAGAAUUUAUUCCAUUUUGAAGCAGAUAGGAAGUGGAGGUUCAAGUAAGGUAUUUCAGGUAUUGAAUGAAAAGAAACAGAUACAUGCUAUAAAGUAUGUGAACUUAGAAGAAGCAGAUAAUCAAACAAUUGAUAGUUACAGGAAUGAAAUCGCUUAUUUGAAUAAACUACAACAACACAGUGAUAAGAUCAUUCGACUUUAUGAUUAUGAAAUCACAGACCAGUACAUCUACAUGGUAAUGGAGUGUGGAAAUAUUGAUCUUAAUAGUUGGCUUAAGAAGAAAAAAUCCGUUAAUCCAUGGGAACGCAAGAGUUACUGGAAAAAUAUGUUGGAGGCAGUUUACACAAUUCAUCAACAUGGAAUUGUUCACAGUGAUCUGAAACCUGCUAACUUUCUGAUAGUUGAUGGAAUGCUAAAGCUAAUUGAUUUUGGUAUCGCAAACCAAAUGCAACCAGAUACAACAAGUAUUGUUAAAGACUCUCAGGUUGGUACAGUUAAUUAUAUGCCACCAGAAGCAAUCAAAGAUAUGUCUUCCUCAAGAGAGAAUGGAAAAUCCAAAUCAAAGAUAAGCCCCAAAAGUGAUGUUUGGUCCUUAGGAUGCAUUUUGUACUAUAUGACUUAUGGGAAAACACCAUUUCAGCAUAUAAUUAAUCAGAUUUCUAAAUUACAUGCUAUAAUUGACCCUAAUCAUGAAAUCAAAUUUCCUGAUAUUCCAGAGAGAGAUCUUCAAGAUGUGUUAAAGCGUUGUUUAAUAAGGGACCCUAAACAGAGGAUAUCCAUUCCCGAGCUUCUGGAGCAUCCAUAUGUUCAAAUUCAAACUCAUCUAGGUAAUCAGAUGGCUAAGGGAACCUCUGAAGAAAUGAAACAUGUCCUGGGCCAACUUGUUGGUCUGAAUUCUCCUAACUCCAUUUUGAAAGCUGCUAAAACUUUAUAUGAGCAUUAUAGUAGUGAUGAAAGUCAUGAUUCUUCUUCAUCAUCCAAGACUUUUGAAAAAAAAUGGGAAAAAAAAUGAUUCAUAACCACUCAGAAGCUGUCAAGUAUCACCUGUAAAAUAUGUUGGAUUGUUACACUCCUGAUUCUUUGGACAUCUGCUCUUGAAGACAACUUCUCUCUGAAAUGUUAUUGGCAGAAAAAUUCAGUGGAUUAUCCUCAAAAGAAAACUGUAAAAAUAAUAACCACUAAUGACACUAUAUAUUAAAUUGUAGAAUUUUUUUCUCUUAUGCUUUUCUGUAAAUCUAACCUAGUUGAUAUCAUUUCACACUUGGAGCUAUGGGUGGACAACUGAAAUAUAUUCUGAAGAACUAUGUAAAUAAAGCUUUGUAGAAUAAAACGACAGUAAAAUUUCAAAGCUGUAAAAUGAUUUUCUUCAAACAAAUGUAUUGGUGUGGUAGCAAAAUUCUUAAUAAAAAUUGAAUUAAGGGAA